CCCACAUGAUUUCCUCUUCUAGUUUUAGUUCUCUCCCUCUCUCUCUUCUUGCACUUCUUUCUCUUCCAGACUCUCAAGUCUUAACCACCAAACUUUUCAUCUUCAUAGCCAAAACCCAACUUAAUUUUCCUACUACGCAUCACAUGAGUUUGUAGUAGUAGGGUGAAAAGAAAGAUGAUCACUUGUUUCAUCUCUUUCACCUGAAAAUUUGGUGACUGAUGCUUAUUAGACCCCUCUCUUUUUUAGUUGAUAUCUAGCUAGCUACUAUAUCCACCCAAAGAACAACAACCCAAAAUUUCUCUCUCUCUUCUCUACUACUCUUUCAGUUCAAUUCAUACUUUCUUUUGUAUGUAAUUAGAAGUGAUAUUAACUUAUUAGGGUUUCAGAGGAACCAAACAAGAAAAAAGAUGGAUCCAGUUACAGCACAUGGUCGUCCUCUACCUCCUCCUUUCCAUGCCAGAGAUCUCCAUCUACACCCUCACCACCAAUUCCAACACCAAAAUUUGAAUUCCGAAGAGGAACAAAUUGGCAAUGGUAGCUUAAACCGCGGCCAGAAACGGGAUCGCGAAGAUAUCAACAUCACCAGCAACACAAGCAUCUUUGAUCAAGCCAAGGAAUUAGUCCCUUCAGGAAGCGGUGGCAGCGGAGAAGGAGGAGGAGCUGGAGGAGGAGGAGAAUUUACGCGAAGACCACGAGGAAGGCCGGCCGGGUCAAAGAACAAACCAAAACCACCAAUCAUAAUCACAAGAGACAGCGCCAACUCCCUCCGAUCCCACGUCAUGGAGAUCACCAACGGAUGCGAUGUAAUGGAGAGUGUUUCAACUUUCGCAAGGAGAAGACAGAGAGGGGUUUGUAUUUUGAGUGGCAAUGGAACUGUCACUAAUGUAACCCUAAGACAACCAGCUUCACCUGCUGCUGUUGUCUCCUUACAAGGUAGAUUUGAGAUUCUCUCACUUUCUGGAUCCUUCUUGCCUCCUCCGGCUCCACCGGCCGCGUCCGGUUUGACAAUCUAUUUGGCCGGUGGACAAGGUCAGGUUGUGGGAGGGAGUGUGGUUGGGCCGUUACUGGCGUCCGGUCCGGUGGUUGUUAUGGCAGCUUCGUUUGGUAAUGCCGCCUACGAGCGGCUUCCAUUGGAGGAGGAUGAGGGGUCGGCGGUGCAGAUUCCGGGGAGUAGUGGGCCCUUAGGUUCUCCGGGAAUUCCUGGACAACAACAGCAACAGCAGCAGCUAUUACAAGAUCCGAAUAGUGGUUCUUUACUUCAUGGGUUGCCACCAAAUCUUCUAAAUUCUGUGCAAAUGCCAUCUGAGGCUUAUUGGGCUCGUCCUCCUCCUUAUUAAUCAAACAUAAACUAUGUUUUUUUUUUCCUUCUUUUUCUUCAUCAUUUCUUUAAAUCAAUCACCGCUUCAUUCUUC